AAGUGGGAUAGAGCUGAAACAGUGAGCAAAAUUGGGUACAUAAUGUCAUUAACUUAUUCUGCAUUUCCAUUUCACAAAUUACAGUCCCUAAAAUCCAAAAACAACUAAAAGAAAACACAGCUCCCUGCAAAUGUCUCUCGAUGGCACAGAACAUACCUACACAGGCACUCCCAGAGCCGCCGGUUCAGGCCCGGCUCAUGGCCCCACUCGCUGGUUUGUUAAUCGUGAACCGGUCAGACCAUGCCCUCACAUAAUGCUAACCGCAAUGCAAGAGAGAGAGCUGACAAUGGUGAAAAGUGGCAGGUGCAAUGGGGAAUCAGAAGCUAAGCUGUAUAUAUCCAACUUGGAUUAUGAUGUUUCUAGUAAAGACAUCAAGUUGCUUUUCUCUGAUGUUGGAGAACUGAGAAGUCAAUCAGUUCAUUAUGAUAAAAGUGGAAGAUCGAAGGGAACAGCUGAGGUUGUCUUUGCUCGUCAAAUAGAUGCUCUAGCUGCUAUGAAGAAAUACAACAACCUUCCACUUGAUGGGAAGCCAAUGAUAAUUGAACUUGUAGGAGCUGAUUCUUUUACUUCAACAACAUAGGAAGACCCAAUGAUGUCCUGAAAAGUGUCUUAAAGUAUUAUGCUCCUAUCCUCAAUAUGCAUGUUUCAGAUUUGUCCCAUCAUAGCGGUCAAUAAAGUUUUGGUGCUAGAGGUCCAGGACAUAGUGGUAAGAGUGGUCGAGAAUUUACAAAGACUCGGGGGCAAGGGGCACGCCACAGUGAGAAGCCAACUGCUGAAGAGCUUGAUGCUGAUAUCGAAAGAUACCACCUUGAAGCGAUCAGUUUGAAAAAGUUAUCAUGAACAUUUUUUUGCAUUAACCAUUUCUUCAUAGGCUCUUUUAACUUUGGGGUUAGAGCACUUACAUCACUGAACAGGAUGGUGGAAGAACGCAAGCUGGGCAUGGCCAUCUGAGAGUAGUUUACUCCCCGGGAUUAGUAAAUCUUUUGGUUUGAAUAGGUACUUUGGUUUGAAUGGAGAUCAUAUAGUGUCAUAUAUGCUUCAGUAAGAAUCAAACUUUCUGGUGAGAGUUUAUCCUGAAAAUUCCGAUGAGUACCAUCUUGUUACCAACUGCAUUUGUCAUACUUAUUGCAUAAUGUAGUGGUAAUCGCAGCUAACUGCAAAUGACAUGAUUCAUUUGGCUGA